AUGCAGACCAAGUUGAUUGUUUCUCUCGCUGUCAUUGCAGCACUCGCUCAAGCUCAAGUUCCUCCUGCCCCCAACAAUCCUACUACUUCAACGGACGCCGCAGCACUUAGCUCUGCUUAUGCAGCUUACAGCAGCCUCUCCUCGAGAUUCAUGGCUACUCAAACAGCCAGUGGUGCUACUAUUUCCGCUGGCAUCCCACCCACCGGUGGUACACAGCAGCAAACCGGUGCUGCUACUGGUGGUGGUGUAAUUCCUGCUCAACCCACAUCGCAAGUCCAACCUGCUCAGAGCCAGCCGACUCAAGCUCAACCGACUCAAGCUCAACCGACUCAAGCUCAACCGACUCAAAGUCAACCAGGUGCUCAGCAACCCGCCAGUAGUCAGGCUCCAGCUGUUAUCCCAGCUCAACCGAGCAGCAGUCCAGCUCAACCUGUUACGGGAGCUCAACCCAGUAGCAGCCAAGUGCAGCCUACAUCUCAAGUUCAACCUACUACUUCUCAACAGCAAGCUACUGAUGCUUCCACAACAGUAGCAGGAGGAGCCGGUGCUCAACCAACAAACUCUGCUGCUGCUUCACCUGCUCAACCUUCUGCGACAGAACAACAACCUUCUCCUACUACACAACAGCAACCCACUGACGCUUCUAACUCGGCAGCUCAACCAACUGAUACUAACUCUGCUGUCUCCUCUGCUGCUUCUUCUGCCGCAUCUGCUGCUUCGUCUUCUGUCUCCUCCUCUCAGCAGGGUAUCUUUGGUUCCGUACUGAGUCGAAUCACUUCUUCUCCUACGAGCACUACCAAUAACAACAACAACAAUAAUCAAGGAGCGAAUGCCGCUAGUACUUUGACGGGUAAUAUUGAGAAUACGCUGUACAUGCAAGGUUGUGCUUUGGCUGCCAUCUUUGUUAUUAGCUUUGCUGUCAUGCUCGCCUAA